AGAAGAGUAACUAAUGAGAUUGAAUGAUUUGACUGAAUCAAGGAAGAUGUUAAAACAGUUGAAAGAAAAGGAUGUUAGACCACCUAGAUCAUAUAGUGACUUUUCAAAAUCUCCAAGAUAAUUACAAUUAGAUACAAUAUAAUUAUAUUCAUGGGGUAUAUAUAUGAGUAGAAUAUAUGUAGGUUUGAAUACAUGUGGAUAAUUGUUAAAAUAAAAUAAAAACAUAAGUCCUCAUUAUUAAGGUAUUUAAUUGUGUUCAGCUGGUGAAAACCAUACUAUAAUAGUUAAUAAUAAAAAUGAAGUUUUAGGAUUUGGUGAUAAUUAAUUUGGUUAAUUGGGAUAUGAAUCUAACAAUUAAUCUAAAUUGACUCCAAUAUUUAAAGAUUAAAGAAUAACAAGUGUAAUUUGUGGAGCAGAACAUACAUUUAUGUUGACAGCUAAAGGUGAGGUAUAUUCUUGGGGUUUAAAUUUAAAAGGGUAAUUAGGUUUAGGUAGUUUUGAUAAUGUUUUCUAACCUACUCUUGUAUAUGGUCUAUUGCCUUUUGGUACAAGUAAUAGUAAAGCAAGAGAAUUAUAAAUUGGACAUAAAAGAAUGAAAAGUGCAAAUGAAGGAGAUUAAUCAACAUCUCCAGGUUUAAAAGAAAGGUCCUCUUCUAUUGAUAAUAUAAUGGAAUAAAUCGUUAUGAUGAAAGAAAAGAUUAAAUAAAAGAGUUCAAAUGAAUUACAAUGUUAAAUUUUAUUAUAAAAUGAUGAAGCUGUAUAAUAAAUAGCUUGUGGAGCAUUACAUACAAUUAUUCUAACUAAUAAAAAUAGAGUUUUUUCAUGUGGAUUUGGAGAAUCUUAUGCUUUAGGACACCCUGAAAAUUAAACUAUGAAUGAAUUCAAAUAGAUAUUAAAUUUAUAACAUUAUAAAAUUGACAAAAUCUGUUGUGGAUUAGCACAUUCAGGAUGUAUAAUAGAAGGUGGUAGACCUUUUAUUUGGGGAGUUUGCAAAUCUAAUAAAGAUUAUUAUAAAUUACCUUAACAGAUUAAAAUUGUUGAUGAAUUAAAUAAUUAGUAAUGUAUUCUAGAAAUGAAAAUGGGAGAAAUGUUUACUAUCUUUUUAAGUAGUAAAGGAGAAGUAUAUUCUAUGGGUGAAAACAUCUAAGGAUAGUUAGGAAUAGAAUAAAAUUCUACUGAUGUUCCUAUGAAAGUUUUAGGAUUACCAUUAAUAUCAUAGAUAUCAACAGGAAGAAAUCAUUGUGUUGCUUUAUCUGCUGAUUACAAAUAGAUAUAUGGAUGGGGAUCCAAUAUUUAUGGAUAAUUAAAUGGAUAGCCUAGUAUUAAUUCAAAGGGAAUCAUUUCUCCUAAAUUAUUAUUCUCUAUUCCAGAAACUUAAAAGAUUGUUUGUGGUAAUUUUCAUACUCUGUUAUUAUCUACUUCUUAUUUAGAAAUUAUUUUAGAUGAGAAUGAAAAUCCUCAUAAAGAAUAAGAUAAAUUAAGUGAAGAAGUUGAGAAAUUUAGAAAUGAAUAAGAAAUAUUAAAAUAAUAAAAUAUUUAACUGCAAUAGAAAUAUGAUAGAAUGAAAAAUGAUUUGAUUUAGAAAAAGAAAGUUAAAGAUUAAAAGGUUUAAACAAACGAAUCUUAUAUUUAAAGAUAAAUAAAAAAAUAAUAAUCCAAAUUUGAUAUUUCUGCUUUAGAGAUAUCACCUGAAAGACCAAUAAAACAUAGAAUAUUUUAAUCUAGUUUGGAUAUUGAUUUUAAUGAUAUAAUGCUUGAAAAAUAAAUAAGUGAAGGUGGUUAUGGAGUAAUUUAUAGAGCUAAAUGGAGAGAAACAACAGUUGCAGUUAAAAUGUUUAAAAUAGAUGGAAUGAAUGAAAAUCAUAUAAGAGAUUUUCUUUCUGAAUGUCAUGCAAUGGAAGCACUUAGACAUCCAAAUAUUGUAAUGUUUUUAGGUGCUUGUACAAAACCACCUAAUUUAGCAAUAGUUCUUGAAUACUGUUAAAGAGGUUCAUUAUGGUAAGUAAUAUAAAAUCAUGAUAUCCAUUUGACAUGGGAAGAUCGAAGAAAAAUGGCUUUAGAUGCAGCUAAAGGAGUCUUAUAUUUACACUCUUUCAAUCCUCCUAUUUUACAUAGAGAUUUGAAAAGUCUGAAUUUAUUAUUAGAUGAAGCUUUUAGAACUAAAUUAGCUGAUUUUGGAUGGACUAGAACUCUAUCUAAUUAUAUGACAAGUAAAAUUGGAACAUAUUAAUGGAUGGCACCUGAAGUUAUUGCUGGAUAAAUUUAUACAGAAAAAGCUGAUGUAUUUAGUUUUGGUAUAAUCUUAUGGGAAAUAGCAGCAAGAGAACCUCCUUAUAGAAGUAAUAUUAUUAAAUUAUAUAUUAUUAGAUAUUACUGGAUUACAAGUUUCUUUAGAUGUAUUAAAUAAUGAUUUUAGACCAACUAUUCCAAAAAAAACACCAGAAGUAUUUGCUAGACUCACUAAAAGAUGUUGGGAUAGGGAUCCUGAAAAACGUCCAUCUUUUAAGGAAAUUAUUAAGGAAUUGGAAAUGAUGAAAUUUCCUCCCGCAAUAUGA